UGUAUGUUCUGAAGGAUCACAAAUAAUCAUGAAGGCUGGAGAGACUGUGACUUUACAAGUUAUUAAUACAUGGCAUCAAACUCAGGAUUACCUUUGGCUGUAUGGGCGACAUUACCCAGAGACAAUUACCAUCGUAAACAGAGGACACGUCAUCAUUGGAACCAGAUUUACAGACAGGCUAAACACAGACGUGAACACGGGAUCGAUCACCAUCUCAAACCUCACCGUCCAUGACACCGGAGUAUUUUCGUUUUUUACACUAAACAGAGUCCUGAAAGAAGCGUUUGACCUCAUUGUCCACGAUAAUGCUAUUGAUGUUACUGAGGUUGAUGUUCUGGAGGGGAACGAUGUCACUCUGGACCCUAAACUAGGGCGACUGAAAAACCACCAAGUCAGAUGGAUGCAGGGUGAAAGCUGUGUUGGAGAGCCCAUAGUUGUGUUUGAAAAUAAUAUGACCUCUAUUAAGGAAAGCUUUGAGAGUCUUCUGCUGCUGAACCCGUGCACUGCAGAGCUCACCUUCAUCGGCAUAACCAAAGACCUUUCUGGGAGUUACUGUGUCAGGAUAGAGGACUCUGGGUUCGUGGAAACAACGACAAAGUUUUUCAUCACUGUCUAUGAUCCUGUUUCUGUUCCACACAUCACUGAAGCCCAGACCGACAUUACAGCAAAGACCAGCAUUGAAACCCAGUCAGCUGUCAGUGGGAUCUGCUCUGCAAGAUGUUGGGUAGAGAAUUCAUUCAAUGUCAUCCUGUCAUGGCACAGAGGAAGUGAGAUUAUAAUGAAUACUAGUGACCCAGAUGUCUCCAACAACCUAACCCUCACUCUGGAGAUCCAGAAUGAAUCCAUCUACAGCUGCAGGGCAGAAAACCCUGUCAGUAACAAGACUGCUGCCCUCAACUCCAGACUGUGGUGUUCAGCUCAUGACAUCACAGGUGACACAGGAUGGAUUAUUGGAGUGAUUGUAGGGGUGGGAGCGCCUGUUGUAAUGGUCCUGGUGAUUGUUGCUGUUCUUCAUUGCUACAGGCAAAGAAACAGAAAUUCAGGAAAUAAUAAGUCUUCACUAGGGAUGCGAGAACAACCCACCAACAACCCAAACCUCCAGGGCAGUGAUGAACCUCUGCUCCUAAACAGCAGAGAACGCAACUAUCGAACGAGAAAUGAUGAGUGAGACGUCAUCAAAGUAACAGCUCACAGACACCCCGACGGUCCAAAAUCAGGCUAAAGAUCAGUUAUGUCGGGGCGAUCGUGGCUCAAGAGUUGGGAGUUCGCCUUGUAUUCGGAAGGUUGCCGGUUCGAGCCUCAGCUUGGACAGUCUCAGUGUCCUUGGGCAACACACUUCACCCGUUGCCUACUGGUGGUGGUCAGAGGGCCCGGUGGCGCCAGUGUCCGGCAGCCUCGCCUCUUUCAGUGCGCCCUGUGUAAAGCGCUUUGGGGUCUUUAGGGACUAGUAAAGCGCUAUACAAAUACAGGCCAUUUACCAUUUUAUAUUACAUUGUUAAUGUGGUGACUUAUGCUCCAGCGUACCUUUGAGCAGACUGCUGAAUGAUAUUUUAAAACAGACGGUGUCAUUUUAACGUUAUGUCUAAGUGGACUAGUGUGUCCUGGUCUACAGCAGCAAACUCGUUGUAUGAUGGCUGCAUUUGGUUUGUAACUAUUUUUUUGUUUUUCAGUCUACGACCAACUGCUAUGAACUAUUUGUCAAUACAGCAAACAUGAGAUGAGGUAACACUGUGAAAGGUGUCCUGUCUGGCUUCCUCCUGUGAUGUUAGUUCAUUUACUUCAUAUGCAGACGUUCUCCUUCAUUUCUGGUUUAGCAGCGCAGACUUCUCCACGCGAACACUGUCACCAUCGACCCCAUGAUCCACGUCAAAGUGGAGAAAUAGGGAAACUUCAGUAAGCAGAUUUCAGGUUGCAAUCAGGACCCCAUCGAUUUACAGCCAUUUAGAUUCACACUUUGAGGUAAAACUUACAAAUGCUCACUGUCAUGAUUCAUAUUCCAGAAGGGGUCAUAAGGUUCAUCAGUGAUACUGCAUACAGAGAUCAUGGGGGAUCCAGCUUUGGGAAUUGGGGUAAAUUUAAAACAUCCCCGUGUCCGUACGACACUAAAACGUUGUUGUAUUAUGUUCACAUGUUCAAAUUAAAGCCACAUUACAAUUACAUACAUAACAAAUGGCGACUGUGCACACUUCAUAAUCUGAUAGUAAUUUUGCAUGUGCACUUAUUUACCUUUUAACACUCGUUAGUGAAUGAAGCCCGUUCUCUUUGUGUAUAUAAUGUGUACAAGCGUCUCUUUGUGUCAUACUAUUUUUAUUCGGCUACAUUUUUAUUGCUUUAUCUGGAUGAUGUUUGUAUUUGUAAAGUCUUUUUGGAAUAUUGGUUAUUAAAGUUCUCUAUAAUAAUGUAAACAGUGACAGUUACUGUAGGACUGAGAGGCUGUACCAGGAUAAAGAGACGUUUAGUUAGCUGCUCUUUAUAAACUAUGUUUCUGGUGCUACAUAAAUAUAAAACUGAGUAACUCACACGUUUUCUAUUCUGUACCAUUGACCCUGCCUGCUGCUGCAAACACAGAGCUGUGUUAGCUUCUCAGGUGCUUUUGAUGCCUUCAUGUCUUACAAAUUUUUAAAUAUAUUUUAGAAUUUAUGUAGUUUUACUUGUUUUUUUGGCCUCUU